ACCGCCCCGGUUUGCUUCCCCGCGGUCAUGGCAGCGUUUUCUGACCUCGAGAAGGUGAACCAGGAGCUGCUCAAGUUCCUCCAUGCCAACCGGUCCGGGACCCUGCUGCGGCGGCUCUUGGAACGACAGGAACAGCUAGGGGACCGACUGCUGGAGACCCAAGACGACGCUGGUCGGAAACUCAAAGAUGCUUUAGCUUUGGAGGAAGGUGUGGCCAGGAAAUUUCUUGAUAAAAGAGAAGAGAUGCAAUGUACUGUCUCCACGAUGGAGCAAGUUGAAAAGGAGUUGCAGGAAGCAACUGAGAAGAAUGCCAGUCUGAAAGCCGAGCUCAAUAUGUUAAGUAAUGAGCUGAAAGAGCUCAAGGAGAUGGAGGUGGACAUCCAAAGACUAGAAGAAGAAGUAGGUGAAGAUACUGCUAUGAUACCUUCAACAGUAUACAUGACUCAGCUUUACCACCGAAUCAGUAAAAUUGAGUGGGAUUUUGAAUGCGAAUCGACUCUAAUCAAAGGCAUUCAUCAUGGUCCUGAAAUUGCCCAUCCCAUCCAUAUUGACAGCAUGCAGCAUUCGAAAAAGUUUGUCAGUGACUACCUGUGGAGUUUGAUAGACACUCAGUGGUAACUUGCCUCAGGGAUUGGUCAUGAAUAAAGGAUUUCGCUGCUUAACAAAG